GAUAAAAAUGGCGGCCGCCGCCGGAUCAGGUGUCAAAGUACCCCGUAACUUCCGGCUGCUGGAGGAGCUGGAAGAGGGCCAGAAGGGCGUUGGAGACGGGACAGUGAGUUGGGGACUGGAGGACGAUGAGGACAUAAUGCUGACUCGCUGGACAGGCAUGAUCAUAGGGCCUCCCAGGACAAUCUACGAGAACAGGAUGUACAGUCUAAAGGUAGAAUGUGGACCCAGAUACCCAGAGUCUCCCCCUUUUGUCCGAUUCGUGACCAAGAUCAACCUGAAUGGCGUACACAACUCAAAUGGUGUGGUGGACACACGGGCAGUGGCGGCACUGGCCAAGUGGCAGAACUCGUACAGCAUCCGUGUGGUGCUGCAGGAGCUCCGGCGGCUCAUGAUGUGCAAAGAGAACAUGAAGCUCCCCCAGCCACCCGAAGGCCAGCUAUUCAGCAACUGAGUCCCCUGACCCUGACUAGCCCUGCUAUCCCAACUCUCCUUCACUAUCCCUCUAUCCAACACACAAAUAAAUAUACACAUUCAAUACAUGCACACAAUGAUUCAACGAUUCCUCACAUGCACACAAAUCCGCACAUACAGCGUACAUGUACCCCUCUUAUUUUUCAGAGACUCUUGAAACCUCUGUUCUCACGUAAGCUCUUUUUGCCAGGCCCCUUCCCUUUUGUCCUAAGUCAUGGCCACUUUGUCUCUCGAGACCUUCUCGUUGGACAGAGAGAUGGUUGCACAGGUGGACUCCACCCAUUCCCUACCCUGACACCCAAUGCUCACCACUGUGCAGACCAGACAUUGAUACAAAUUACUUCAUCUUGUUUUUUUUAUCUUUGUGUUCUACAUCCAGAUUGUAAAAUAACAUAAAUGAUCUUAUUGAGUGUACCCAUCUUAUGUGUGUGCUGGGUUCUUCAACCAAGGAUGAUGGCAUUUACUUUGUACUGUAGGUAUAACAAGGGUGGAAAUCAAGAUGACUUGCUGCUCCGCAAAAGAAAAAUAGACCUGUGCCCCCACUGCAAUGUGGCCGAUAAAAUGUUCACUGUUCGGCUCUCAAUUUUGCUGCAAGGAUUCUGCUCCCCCAGUUGGACUUGUCAGGAGCAGUGGCUUGGGAUCUACAGCAUAGUCUUGCCAGUGUGUUUCAGAAAGCUAAUAAAUAAACAUUACCCCCGCCCACCUUUAAAAAAAAUUAUGUUUUUUGAUGUUUUUCAGGAUAGCGUUGGUCUCAAACUGAGUAACCAGCUUUUUGAUCCCGAAUAUGUGAAUUUAUCGGCCUUGGCACGUGUACGGUACAUGGGAUUGGGGGGGGGAAUAAAGGUUCUCUUGAUUUCUCUUAAAG